UAUAUUAAUAGAUUUUAAAUGGUGAGAUGGCUGAAAAUAAUUCAACCUGUAUUGUAUUAAAUGAUGGGCAGCUAAUGCCUCGGUUUGGUUUGGGAUGCUUUAGUUUAAGUUCAGAUGAAACCAAGCAAGCUGUUAUAACUGCUGUUAAAGAAGGAUAUCGUCUUUUUGAUACUGCAGUCUAUUAUAACAAUGAAAGAGAAGUGGCUAAAACUCUUCAAAACAGUGGAUUACAUCGAAAUGAAUAUUUUAUAGUUACAAAGCUUCUCCCUAGUGAGAAUAGUUACUUAGGUGCAAAGAAAAGCUUAAAAGAUAGUUUGAGGAAAAUGGAAUUAGAUUUUGUUGAUUUGUAUCUUAUUCAUUCUCCAUUAGACUGGGGCAAAACACAGUUUGACAGUUCAUCUGAACAGAAUUUAAUAGAAACAUGGCAAGGUUUUUGUGAAUUAAAAACUGAAGGAUUAGCUAAGAGUAUAGGUGUAUCCAACUUCAAUAUUCAACAUCUGCAAACAAUAAUUAACAAAGGAAUGUUAGUUCCUGCUGUUAAUCAAAUUGAAAUGCAUCCUUGGAAUCAAUAUAGAGAUACUGUGAGUUUUUGCAAAGAUCAUCAAAUUACAAUAAUGGCUUACUGUCCUCUUGCACGUGGUAAAUUGUUUGACACAGAGAAGUGUGCUGUUAUUUCACAACUUAGUGAUAAGUACUCUAAAACAAAAGGACAAAUACUUCUUAGAUGGGCUGUUCAAAAGGACUAUAUUCCCAUUCCUAAAUCAGUUAAUCCUUUAAGAAUUCAUGAGAAUUUUCAAGUGUUUGAUUGGUCUUUGUCACAUGAUGAUAUGGUUGCUAUUGAUCAAUUAGAUGAAGGGUUGGAAAUAUCUAUAGCAAGUCGCACUAUGAAAAAAUACUUUAAAAGUUGUAAAUAAUUUUUAAUUUUUGUAAAUAAAAUUUGAUAUAAAAUAAAUUGUAAUGGU